CCUCAAAAUCUAAAAAUAAAAAUGGGAAAGAAAUUAAAUGUAGAGGCGAUCUUAGUUUGUAUGACAUUGAACUUUGAAGGGUCACUCACUCUUGAGUUUGGUUCCAAAGUUGAUUCAACCAAAUCCAAAUAUCAGCUAUUGACUCCUUCAGCACAUGGUUUCAAUAGCUAUUGCAUUCAACAACACAGAGAGAGAAUAUGGUAAUAUCUAUGCAUUCAGUAACUUGGGUUAUCUUUAGUUUCUUCAAAAUUUCAUUUCUUUUAUUUUUUUGUAUGUAACUUUAUUUAAUUUAAACUACCAUUUCAGGUUUUGGCUCAGGAUUUUUAAGUCAAUGUAAUGAUGAGAAGUGUUUUAGUUAAUUUUUUUUUUGUCUUAAUUUUUCAGAAUAAGUAUAGUCUAGCAAAUAAUUUUUUCGACUAGGAUUCGAAUUGAGUUUCUUCCGAACAAUUCAUCAUUAAUAAAUUGUUUUAACUAGGAUUCAAAUUAAGGUUCUUCUGAACAAUUCAUCGUUAAUUGAAGUUCAUUAACCACGUGAGUCUAACCAGUUGAUUAUGUUUUAGUUUAGUUUGAAGUAAACAUUUGAGUUUUUUUUUUUUUUGAAAUGGGUAUCUCUUUUUAUGUGAGAUUUAGACAUUUGUUUAUUGUUGUUGUGUUUGUUGCUACUAUAGUUGUUUUCCAAUGUUAUUGGAAAACAUUUUCUUUGUUAAAUGUGUCUAGUUUCAUUGGAAACAAUGUUACUUUUGAGAAAGAAGAACAAGGUUUAGAUUUGGACCAUGUAUUUGAUUCUGAUGAGGGAAGAAAUUCAAGAAAGGGAGAAAUUUUUAGUAGUAGUAGUAGUAGUAAGAGUUUUGAAGUCGAAAAUCAUGAAAACGAAAUUCUUAGUUUCACUCAGAAAACACUGCAUAAUUAUACACAAAAGGUUGCAUCAGAUGGAAGUGGAAUACAAAGUAUAGAAAUAGUGUCUCAAAAUGGGAUACCUCGGCUACCGAAAACUUCUUUGCCUAGUUUGAAUAAUAAAUCUAUGACAAGAUCUUCGACGCGGAUGAGUAAGUUGGUGUGGCCAAGGUUAACUACAUUAACGCAGCUGAACUCUCAGUUGCUUCAAAGUUAUAACUAUUCUUCUAUGAGGCCAAAGUGGUCUUCGCGAUGUGAUCGUGAACUUUUAUCUGCAAAACUGGAGAUUGAAAAUGCAAAGGUCGUAUUAAAUUCUUCGGGACUUUAUGCACCUGUUUACCGACAAGUUUCUAAGUUUUCAAGGAGUUAUGAACUGAUGGAGCGCAAGCUCAAAGUUUAUAUCUACAGAGAAGGCGAAAAACCAAUAUUUCAUCAACCAAAGAUGAGAGGACUUUAUGCUUCAGAGGGGUGGUUUAUGAAAUUGAUGGAGGGAAAUAACAGAUUCAUCGUGAAGGAUCCCAAAAAAGCUCAUUUGUUUUACCUUCCGUUCAGUUCACAAAUCCUAAGGGCCAAUCUUUCUGACAAUAAGAAGAUGGAGCAAUACCUUGAAAGAUAUGUGAAUUUAAUUGCGAGAAAAUAUAGUUUCUGGAACAGAACUGGAGGAGCAGACCAUUUUCUCGUUGCCUGUCAUGAUUGGGCUUCCCGAAUCACAGUGCAACCAAUGAAAAGUUGUAUCAGGUCUCUUUGCAAUGCUAAUGUUGCGAAAGGAUUCCAAAUAGGAAAGGAUACUACUCUACCUGUCACAUACAUACAUUCUGUGAUGAAUCCACUAAUAAAAAUUGCGGCUAAACCCCCUUCAGAAAGGACUAUGCUAGCCUUUUUUGCAGGAGGCAUGCACGGUUAUCUCCGUCCGAUUCUACUAAAACAUUGGGAGAAGAAAGAACCUGAUAUGAAAAUUUUUGGUCAAACGGCACGUGACGCGGAAGGUAAGAGACUUUAUAUGGACUACAUGAAUAGUAGCAAAUAUUGCAUAUGUGCUAGAGGUUAUGAAGUUCACUCACCAAGAAUAGUCGAGGCAAUAUUUUCUGAGUGUGUGCCGGUUAUCAUAUCAGAUAAUUAUGUGCCUCCUUUCUUUGAGGUUUUGAAUUGGGAAGCAUUUUCGGUAUUUGUUCGCGAAAGGGAUGUUCCUAAUCUAAGAAACAUACUUCUCUCAAUCUCUGAAGAGAAGUAUUUGGCACUGCAUUUGGGAGUAAAGAAGGUUCAACAACAUUUUUUGUGGCAUAAAGUUCCUGUUAAGUAUGAUUUGUUUCAUAUGAUUCUUCACUCUAUAUGGAACAAUAGGCUUGCUCAGAUUAUACUCAAGUAAUUAUAUCACUGAUGUAAACAACUGUAAAUUUUCAGAUAUUGUCUUUGUUUCAAUUUUUUUGAUAAUAUCUCCCCUUAGGCAUGA